GAUGAUUAUGAUGAAGAUGAUGAUGACGAUGAUGAUGAUAAUGACGACGAUGACGAUGAUGCAGAUAAUAAUGGUGAUGUUUAUAAUGAUUAUGAUGCUGAUAGUGAUGUUGGUCACGGAGAAGGAGGUACAGUUGUAUGUGUUUUACAAUGCAAUAGACCAAUGUCGUCGAUGUAUUAAGAAUCAUACUUGGCACCACUGCUUAGGGAAUGAUUUAUUUUAUUUGCUUGAGUCCCCUGAGCCUCGGAGCCAAGUAUGAAUUUGGAUAUUAUUUAAAUUGUUCAAUUUAAUUUAAGUCUGGGACUAUUAAAGAUUAAUUGUCCAUGAUUAGACUGUACAGGAUGCCGAGUAGUGCUAACAAAGGUAUACUUACAUUUAGAUGAAUCUCACUGGUAAGGUAAUUAUGAUGGUAGUGGCGAUGGCGAUAAUAAGGACGAUGACGAAGAUGUUGAUGACGGAUAUAAUGAUGGCGAUGACGAUGAUGCUGGUGAUGCUUCUGAUAACAGAUUUUUAUUUGAGGGAAAAGGAAAAGCUACAGGUUUUUGUUUUUACAAUAUUCAAAUAAUUUGCAUGUCUGAUUUACAACUUCAAAGAAAAAUACUAAUGGACUUGAUGAUUAAUCUAUUAUGAAAAUGUAGUAAGGGGGUGAAUAUAUACAUGAAUACAUAUUUAUUGUUUUCUCCUCAAAGGGAUUUUUCAGGAGCAAUCAUUGUUUAAGAGCACUAGAUUUUACUAAUUAACUGCUAUAGUAGUUAAGAGAAGUUGUGGUGAUAGCUAAAGUUCCAUCAGUGGCAAGAGACGAGGGAAUAUUUCCACUUGACACUUAACUUGCUUUUCUCAUAACGGAACACUGCAAAUAUAAUAGCUCCCCCAAGUGGUCCUCGUUCCAUUCGUUUGGCCAACAUCUACCGCUAGUUAUCCAUGGCUUAUCUCGGUUACUCAUGUUUACCCCCUUCUUUUCCACCUUUUUAUCCCAUUUACCCAUAUUUACCCUAAUUUACCCGCAUUCCACCCCGUUUACCCACGUUUACUCCAAGUUGUCCACAUUUCAACCAUUUACGUAACUUCAAGUUAUCCGCGGUUGACUUACUCCUUUUACCCGUGGUUACCCCUAGUUACUGUUAUUACAUAGUAAACCAUGUCUCAUCCCGUUUCCCAACACUUAAUUACCCUAAGUUACACCCGUGUCGUUCCGUGUCCCGUUUUUUCACGGUUGCUCCAAUUUUGCAUAUACGUGUCAUCCCUUUUACUAAUACAUUAGCUACAUUGGCCACGUUUCAUCCCAUCUACAACACGUAGUUGUCCACGUUUCAACCGACUUAUCCAAAUUUGCCUUAAUUUACCCGCAUUCCAAGCCAUGUUUACCCCAAGUUUAACUCACGUUUCACCUCUUUGACUCAAUUUUUCUUUUCUCUUUACAUUAUGCAUCCCUCAAAUGUAUGACAUAUCAUUUGAAAAUUGCUUAUUUCAUCUAAUUAUCGUUUCCAUUUUUACUCAGUCAAGGCACACGCGUACUACCAGUACAAAUAUCAUUGACCAGAAUAAGGAGAUUAAAAAACCUUAUUUUCGUUUUUUCUCCUCUUUUACAUAGCAUGCAUCGAAUGAACUGAUUAUUGAACAACAGGUAAUGGAGGUAAAAGUACUGCUCAUGUGGUACCAGCGUUGAUCAGAGUAUGUGGAUUCAGAGGCGGAUCCAGGGGAGGGGCCCGACCAAAAUGAGGCCUAAAGGGCCGAAAAAAAUUUUUUUGAGGCCGGGGUCCCCCCCUUAUCUCAGGGUCUGGAUGACCGCCCCCCCCUUAUCUGAAGGUCUGGAUCCGCCACUGGGAUUUUCUGUUUCCCUCAGUGUUUGAUUUCAUGUAGUGUUAUUUCCGUUUUGUCCAUCAGAAAAUAUUUCAACAACAAGUACCAAAGAUGAUAAGCGAAGUAAGUGGAUUCGGUUUAUCCAAGUGUUUGUCUAUUUCUACCUAUGUGUGUAUAGUUAAACCCUUAAUUGGAUUGCAUAAUUUAAGAAAUGCCCAUUUCAGGUUAAAGUCAUUGUGAGUUGGCUUGAUUAGAUAAAUUGAUAGAGCGUUGAGUCCAGUCAUGGUAAAGGUCAGGAUUCGAUUCUCCGAUGUAGUAUGUCCACUGAGUAGACUGCACAACUACGAGUCGUACGAUUGUGCCAUUGUUAACCGGUUUUGGAUAUGUGGAGUGACAUCAUUCAUGUUGUAGUACUAUUUUCUGACUGCUUGUGAAAUUUUCAAGGAACUGAAUGUAGGCUUCUCCUUAACAGCAAGCCUCAAUAAAAAGAAGCGCAAUGUGGUCAUCUUUGUUCUGGAUUUUUACUGGCAAAAGUUUGAGCCUAGUAAAUUAGUAAGUAUAGAAUGCCCAGUAGAGCUAACGAAAGAGUUAUACUCCCAAUUAGAUCAGGGGAGAGAUUGGGGCGGAAUUGAUAUUGGUGAUGGUGGUGAUGAUGAGGAUGAUGACGACGAUUACUAUAAUGGAGAUAAUAAUGGUGAUGAUGAUGACGAUGCUGAUAUUAACUUUGGUGAUAAAGAAGGAGGUAUGUGUUUUACAAUUCUCAAGACCAAUAUCGAUGUAGAGUUAAAUUCUUACUUGGCUUCAAGGUUUAGGAGAAUGAAACAAAAGAAAUCGUCUUGAGACUUAGCAAUCAAUAAUGCAUUUCUUUUGUUUUAUUCCCAUGAGCUUCGGAGCCAAGUAUGAAUUUCGAUAUUAUCUAAAUUGUUCAAUUCAAUUAAGUCUGGGGCUGUUGGAUUAAUUGUCCAUGAUAAGACAGCAUAGGAUACCGAGUAGUGCUAACAAAAGGAUACUUACUUUUAGAUGAAUCUCUAUGGUAAAGCAAUUAUGAUGGUGAUGGCGAUGUUGAUGAUGAAGAUGAUGACGAGGAUGACGAUGAUGGAGAUAAUGAUGGUGAUCACGAUGAUGGUAGUGAUGCUUCUGAUAAAAGAUUUUUUGUUAAAAAGGAGGAAAAGCAACAGGUUUGUUUGUUUUUUUUUUUUUUUUACAAUAUUAAAAUAUUUCGAAUGUCUGUUUUAGAGGUUUUUCAAAAGAAAAAUGCUAAUAAACCUGAUAAUAUUAAUCACCUCGGGUUCCACUGCUUUUAUAGGGACAAGACAUUUCUUCUUAUAAUUUUUGUAUUAAUUAAUAUAUUGUAUUUUGUGCAAUAUCUAAAAUAAAAAAAUACAGUAAUAUAUAAUAAACAUACACGUUAAUACUAAGACCGUCACUAACACUGGACGAAAAAAUGGAUUUGCACCAAAUUUGCUUAUGUGCAGAUUUUUUCGUGCAGUGUAUACUACUCACACUGCACUAUAUAUACAAUACUUUGACUAAAUUAUAGUCAAACGCCGCCUGAAAUAACCAAACUGCCAUUAGUUAAAAGUAGUUGGGGUGAUAGCUAAAGUUCCAUUAGUGGCGACAGACGAGGAGACAUUUCCAGUUGACACUUAACAUGCUUUUACUCCAUAACGGAACACUGCAAAUAUAAUACCACCCCAAGUUGUUCUCGCUCAAUUCGUUUGGCCAACAUCUUAACCACUAGUCACGUUUUACCUCGGUUACUCAUGUUUACACCUACUUAUCCACCUUUUUACCCCAUUUACCCAUAUUCAACCUAAUUAUGCAAACAGGCGCAAUGUGGUCAUCUUUGUUUUGGUGUUUAACAGUAGUCUACACGCGAAAGUUUUAGUAGGUACAGGAUGCCGAGUAGUGCUAACGAAAGGAUACUUCCAUUUAGAUGGAUGCCAUUGAUGCGACAAUAAAGUUGGUGAUGGUGGUUGUGGUGAUGAUUAUGAUGAAGAUGAUGAUGACGAUGAUGAUGAUAAUGACGACGAUGACGAUGAUGCAGAUAAUAAUGGUGAUGUUUAUAAUGAUUAUGAUGCUGAUAGUGAUGUUGGUCAC